AUGCUGCUGUUGGAUCUGCUGGGGGCAGCCGAUGCUGCUGCUGGUGCGCUAGCGCCUAAGCUGCUGCUGGUGCGCCGGGUGCAGGCUAAGCUGCUGCUGGUUGUGUUGGGGGCAGGCUAUGAUGCUGCUGGUGCGCUGUCGGCAGGCUUCAGGUCUGGGGCGGCGGUUUUCAGGUUUGGAGCGGCGGGUUUCCAGGUGGGGUGGCGGUUUUCAGGGGUGGGGCGGCAGGUUUCAGGUCUGUGGCGGCGGUUUUCAGGUCUGGGGUGGUGGGUUUCCAAAUGGGGCGGCGGUUUUCAGGCGGUACAGCAGUUUUCAGCCCAACCAGUCGCUGUUGCUCCUCUGGCGUCAGCUGCGGCUGCACUCGCGCUUGUUGCUGCUCCUGCAGAUGUGACUCAUCCUCUACCCUCUCAUGCUGCAGCGGCGACUGCACCUGCUGCUGCGGCUGUGACUCCUCUACUCUCUCCUGCUGCGGUUGCAACUGCACCAGCUGCUACAGCCAUGACUCCUCUACUCUUUCCUGCUGCGGCUGCAACUACACCUGCUGCUGCGGGCGUAACUCCUCCUCUACUCUCUCCUGCUGCGGCUGCAACUGCACUUGCUGUUGCGGCCGUGAAUCCUCUACUCUCUCCUGCUGUGACUGUAACUGUGCCUGCUGCUGGUGCUGCUGCUGUGCCCACUGGAACCGCUCCUGCUCCUCACUCUCUAAUCGUAGAAGACGUUGUGUACGGGUCUAGAAUCGAACAGUGCGUUGUGUAG